GAGCAGAAGCUGAAGAGGAGGUUGACGACAUGAAUGAUCCAGAAACAUCCAGAAUAAAACAUGAAGAUACAACAGACUGGAUGGAAGUUAAACAGAAAAGACAUGAGGUGAAUGAAGUGGAGGAGGAAUGUUGUAAAAUCAAAACUUCAAGAAAAAUAGACAAACCGCUUCACACCUGCUCACAGUGUGGAAAGAGUUUCAAACGCAAACGAAACGUUAAGACGCACAUGAGGAUCCACACUGGAGAGAAACCUUACACAUGCCCUCAGUGUGGAAAGAGUUUCAGAGUCAAAGGAAGCCUUAAUAGGCACAUAAUAAUCCACACUGGAGAGAAACCACACACCUGCUCUCAGUGUGGAAAGAGUUUUACUGUAGCACGAAGUCUCUGUAAUCAUCUGCGCAUUCACUCUGGAGAAAAGCCUUUUAACUGUGAUCAGUGUGGUAAAAAGUUUAUUUCAUCAUCAAGGCUAAAAACACACUUGACAAUUCAUUCAGAAGAGAAGCCUCAUGUGUGUUCUUACUGUGGAAAGAGUUUUUCACGUCUAGACAAAUGUAAGCUGCACCAGAAAACACAUAAUGAAGUGAGAGAUCAUGUGUGUUUUGAGUGUGGAAAGAGCUUUACUACAAGUCAACAACUGAAACAGCACCAAAGGAUUCACACUGGAGAAAAGAGUUUUUCACGUCUAGACAAAUGUAAGCUGCACCAGAAAACACAUAAUGAAGUGAGAGAUCAUGUGUGUUUUGAGUGUGGAAAGAGCUUUACUACAAGUCAACAACUGAAACAGCACCAAAGGAUUCACACUGGAGAAAAGAGUUUUUCACGUCUAGACAAAUGUAAGCUGCACCAGAAAACACAUAAUGAAGUGAGAGAUCAUGUGUGUUUUGAGUGUGGAAAGAGCUUUACUACAAGUCAACAACUGAAACAGCACCAAAGGAUUCACACUGGAGAAAAGAGUUUUUCACGUCUAGACAAAUGUAAGCUGCACCAGAAAACACAUAAUGAAGUGAGAGAUCAUGUGUGUUUUGAGUGUGGAAAGAGCUUUACUACAAGUCAACAACUGAAACAGCACCAAAGGAUUCACACUGGAGAGAAACCUUACAAGUGUUCAUAUUGUGACAAGAGUUUCAUUCAGUCUGGGACCAUGAAAGUACAUGAGCGAGUUCAUACUGGAGGGAAACCAUAUCACUGUACUCAGUGUGGAGUUUUAAACACAAAAGCUCUGUAGCGUAUCAUACGAGUUAGUUUCCAGGUGCUUCAUUGGCAUGACAAAUAUUUAUACAUUCAUAUUGUAAACGCAAUUACAAUGAGAAUAGUGCAAAACAACAAUGUAACUGACAAUUAGUGAAUUCACUGUCUGACAGAAACAACACAGUCGUCAUAUUUAACUGAGCUGCUGAAAACACAAUAGUUCCCUGUUUUCUCCUCAUUCAUUAUGAUGAUGUCUGAGAUCUUCUGUAAAUUGUCACAUUAAGAUCAUUUCAUUGUGUAUCAACAGACUGAGACAAACUACAGGAUCAACACUUUAUGUGAUAAUCACCUACUGAUGUGUGUUUUUAAUCUUUUACCCCUGAAGUUAAAGUUCAUUAUUACAAACACUAUUAAAGU